GUGACCCCCAACUUGUUGGCCAACCGAUUCACUCUCUGUCCUUCGAAUUAACAAAGGCUUAUUAACAUUGCGACAUGGCUUCGGACGCACAGAAGACCAAGAUGCCUUAUGUUAGGCUUGGAAAUUCGGGUCUGAAAGUCUCCAAGAUCAUCCUUGGAACUAUGUCGUACGGCGAUCCAAACUGGCAGGGAUGGGUACUCGACGAAGAGGAAUCAUUGAAGCAUAUCAAAGCUGCAUACGAUGCGGGGAUUAACGCAUUCGAUACUGCCAAUACCUAUUCGAACGGUGCAUCCGAAGAAAUCCUCGGCAAGGCGAUCAAGAAGUUCAAUCUUCCUCGAGACGAGAUUGUCGUUCUCACCAAGGUCUACUUCGCGGUUGGAAAUAAACCAGGAGACUUUUUCCUGGCUGGAGACGGCGCUGACGAAAAGGGGUAUAUCAACCAGCACGGAUUGAGCAGGAAGCACAUCUUCGACUCUGUGAAGAAAUCCUUGGAACGCCUCCAGCUUGACUAUAUCGAUGUUCUGCAAUGUCACCGCUUUGACUACAACACCCCGAUCGAAGAGACUAUGCAAGCUCUCCACGACGUCGUUAAAGCUGGAUAUGUUCGUUAUAUCGGAAUGUCGUCUUGUUGGGCGUGGCAAUUCCACGCUAUGCAAAACUACGCCAUCAACAACAACCUCACGCCCUUCAUCUCGAUGCCAAACCACUACAACCUUCUGUAUCGUGAAGAAGAGCGCGAGAUGUUCCCUACCCUAAAGUAUCUCGGCGUUGGCGCAAUCCCAUGGUCGCCUCUUGCGCGCGGACUGCUCACUAGGCCUCUGAAUGCCCAAUCGACAAGAGCUGGAAUCGACAGGAUGUUGAAGGGAUACAACGUUGGCGAAGGAGGCCAGAAGAUCAUCUCUGCAAACGAGGACUUAGCAUGGCUCAGGUUGCUCUCGCAUGGAUGCUUUCAAAGCCAGGCUCGUCCCUCUCAUUCAUUGCCUUGUACCGACUGGAUCUCAUUGACCAUUGUCUUGCUUCCAGGUGUCACCGCUCCUAUUGUCGGCACUACCUCGCUCGAUAACCUGCGGGAGCUAUUGGAUGCUGUCCAUGUCGCACUCACAGAAGAGGAAAUCAAAGAGCUGGAGGAACCAUACGAGACUCAGAAUGCGUUCGGGCACUUCUAG